UGCCGAAAAGGCAAUUUCCGGUAAAAAUAAAAUAAAAAAUGUAAACAAAAUACUUUUUUGAGUUCUGAAAGGAGGAGACAGUCCUUUUAAACGUAUAAUAUAAAUCAUGGCUAACAUCUACAGACAUUCAGAUGCCCUAGAUAUAUGGCCACCAAAUGCUCCAUCAACACUGGAAGACAUUUGUUUAACCUACUUCUUAGACCAUAUCUUUCAAUACCUGGAUAAAACUGAUGACUCAUACUGUUUAAAGCAAGGAAUAACAUUCCCAUUGGGAUUAAGUGACAAGUUACUUGCCAAGAUUGUAACGCAUACAAAGCAUUUACAAAGUUCAGAUGACAAUGUUUUUGGAAUAUUUAACAAUCGAGCCACUACAAACCUUACUGAGCUUUCAUUGAGAUACACAGCAGUGAGUUCUGACCACCUUAGUUACUUGUGUCUUCAUGCAUUGCGGGAAAUUGACAUUGCUUAUUGUCCCGAAAUAAAGGGAAAUUUUGUGAAGUGUAUUAACCAGGCUCACAAGACUUUGCGGGUAUUGCAGCUUGGUGGCAAUGACCAGUUUGAGCGCAUGGAGUUUCUUCUGGACGGGGAUGUUCAAGAGACUGUUCCAAGUGAACAGGGUGAUAAUGCUUGUAGUUUAUCUCAGUCUAGAUCAGCGAUAUUUGUGUUACCAAACUUGCGAUCAUUGUCCUUGAGAGAUAUUAAUGCAUUUAAACCAAUGGAUGGGGUUUAUAUAGAAAAUGUACCUCUUAUGGAGAGAGUUAUUCGUCCAUUAAAAAGUCUGACACAUUUAGAUUUAUGUGACUGUCAUCUGGAGAAGAAAACUUUAGAGGAAAUUGGAGAUUUAGACUUGCCCAACCUUUUGUCUCUAAGCCUCUGUGAUGUUUUGAAUGGAUGUGAAGCAGCAUUAGAUAAUCUCUGUAAAUUGAAAACAUUGAGACACCUAGAUGUAUCACAAGGUGAUGAUACAACAAUGUUUUUACCGGUGCAAUACCCAAAACCUACAGACCGCCUACAGGUCCUCAUAGCCAGUAUGCCAAACUUGAGAUCCCUCGACAUUUCUGGCACAAAUCUGGCAGGAUAUGCACCAAUACAGAAAACCUCUCAUCGUCUUGAGGCAAAGUCAAAAGAGGACGAUCCCCCGGAGGAAGAAGAAGGGUUACCAGGCAAUGAUGGUAGACAGUUUAACUUCCUUGGACUUCUCAACUGUGCAGAUAAUGCCUCGCAUAGGAGAAAUAUACCUGCUGAAAAGGUUACAGGGGAUUUUUCGGAAGAACAGAUCUUGUUAGCUGUGCACGUAUAUAGAGACAAACCAAAUCUGCUGACUCGUGGAUUUAAUUACUUGUUCAACAGGUUUAGAUUUGAAACUGUGAAAGCCCAUUGUUUAUCCUUAGAGGGUAUCCUGUCCGGUAUGGAGCGUAACAAGCAUGAUAAACAUGUACAGAUAUCUGGUAGUGCAUCACUCUUCUAUAUUGUAAAGGGAUGUAAAAAAGAAAAACUCACUCACACACAGAAAAGGAAAGUUAUUGGAUGUUUACUGGAUGCAAUGGAGAGGCACAUGGCUGAACAUACUAUGAUGAGGAAUGGCUGUCUUACAUUGUGCCACUUUAACAUACCCUAUGAAGUGUUGUACUGUUACAAUCGUCUGGUGAGAAUUCUCCUGCAGAUGUUACGAAGGGACUAUAAUGAUGAUUUCCUGUUACGUAUUGGCAUAUUUCUGUUGAACAGUCUUGCUUGCCAGGUAGAGGGAGAACAUAAACAAAUCCUCGGACAAACAGGAGCUUGUAUUUUUUAUAUAAUAAAUCUUUUGCUUACUUACAGGUCCUUUGGUCCCAUUCUUCAUCUUGUUAGAUGCUACCAGUCCCUUGCCUCGCAGUACUGGGCAGUAUGGGCACUAUGCAAUCUCACUCAAGUCUAUCCGGAGAAAUAUUGCCAGCUAUUGAAGGAUGAAGGAGGGUUAGAGUUACUGGAGAUAGUGACUAAAGAUCCUAGACCUAUUCCUGCAAUUAAAACAUUGGCUCAGCAAGUGGUCACUUUUAUAAACAAUAGGCAUGUUUUACCACCUAGAGAUAAUGAUGAAAUGAAUGGUGAUGUUGUAAAUGGGAAUCAAGAGUAAUGGAAUAAAAGUGGUAAAAUGCAAAUCUGAUGAACCAAAGGCGGUCAAAAGCAUAGCUGACAAACCAAACGUGGUAAAAUGCAUUUUUGAUGAAAUGUAAAAUACUUUGCUGAUGAUAUAGAAGUGAUAAAAUGCACUAAACAAUAAACUAGAAAUGACAAAAACCUCAAUAAUGAAAUAGAAAGUGUGAAAAUGCAUAAGUGGUUAAACUGAAAGUGGUAAAAUGCUUUAAUGAUGGAAUAAAAGGGUAAACUGUAUAAAUGAUAAAAGGAAAGUGGCAGAUACAUUGUACCAGUGGGAAAUUGUAUAUACAAGGAUAUAGAAGUGGUAAAAUUCAUUUGGGAUGAGGCAAAAUGUGAAGGGCAUCAAUGAUUUACCUAGGCAUAAAGUUUGAUUUUCUGCAGUAAUAAAACUUCGCUCCGUUCCCAAGGUUUUGGCCAUUAAAAAUUGUUGUCUUUGUAAAUCAGACUAUUUUGAAAAGAUUUAUAAUGUUUUUUGCCGUAGAUGUUGUCAGUUUGUCCUUACGACUUUCUGACUUAACCAACCUACUAUUUGUUAUAGCACCUUCAUUGUUUGACUCACAUAAAACAUAUGGUCUUAAAGGGACCUUUAAUUGACCUUUACUCUUGGAUUGGAUUUGAGGUUUGUAUGUCAAGACAAGCCAUUGAGGCUAAAAAUAGAUUUGUUUUGAGUCCUUAUUUAUUCGUCAGUUGUUAGAUAUAUGGUAUAUUGUAACUAUACAUGGACAACUACUGUUUGUGGUAUGGUUUAAAGUCUAUGGUGUCAAGGUCAAGAUCAUGUACACUAAAAAUGAUUCUUUUUUUAUCUUUUUCUUAAAAUUGGGCAAUGUUUUUAGCCAUAUCUGGGAGUAUGCAGUUAGUGUUGCCCAUAUUUUGUUUCAAACAGCAUGUUGGUGUUAAACUUAUCAUUCAUUGAAUCAAACAUAAGCACAUUUAUAUUAUUGAUAAUUACCAUUAUUUGAGGGAAUCUUAGAAAAACUUACAAUUUCUUCAUUGGUAGGGGUCAUUUUGGUUUCUUAUAAAUGUUCUAUUAAAUGGUUAUAGUUUUUGUAUGCAAAUGUGAAACUUUUUCUUACAAAACCAAUUAUGCGCUAUUUCAUGAAAUUUAGUGAAUUUGACUUUUGGACUUGAUGUUUAUUUCAUAUUAUACUGUAAAGUUACCAUUUGAUGAUAAAAGUGUUACAGUAUUUUUAUAAUGUAAUAUUAUUAAUACUUACUGAACCUGCAUGGAAGUUGUUCAUCAUCAGUCCUGGAAACAGCUGUCAGAUAUACAUGUGUACAUACUUAUAUGAAAUGAUACAGUGUUUUGUUUAGUUAUAUCAGUAUCAUACAAGAUGUUAUCAUGUGGCAUUAUGUUAGGUUAUACUCCAUGUUUCCUAUGUUUUUAUUUAUAUGAUGAUUGGUAUUUUUGGUGAGGCUUGAAUUAGGCUAAAUUUGAUUAUGAAAUCAAUUUGCUAAGAUUUGACCAUUGAAUCGUCUGCAAAAUAGACUACUCAUAUAAUUACACAGAAAAGACCUAUGAAAUUUAAAUGAAAUUUAAAUGAAAUUUAAAUGUUAGACCUCUUUUCUGUGUACUUUUCACCUGAGUCUGUUAUUACCAUGAUCAGGUGUUAAUGGCGGCAUACCAAUAACAUAAUGACAGCUAAAAUCCAAAGACCUACUCUUGUCAUAUUAACAUAGAACAGUAAUAAGCAGCAAGAUAAGUCAAGUAUUGAAAUAUGCCAUGAUGAGGGGUAAACUUUCGUAUAGCAACACUGUUCAAACCUGUUUUCUAAAGUGUUGUGAUGAACCAUUAGUAUGUACUUACAACCUGUAAUAACUUUUUGACACCAAACAAGCAUUAUUGUAAAAACAACAUGUUUUUGAAAAAUUUAUACUUUACAAUAUGUAAAAGUGUGUAAAGAAGUAUUUUGUUUACAUCAUUAAGUGCAUUUAGCUUUCAAAUCAUGAAAAUAAUUUGUUAAAAAGUGUUGAAUUACAGUUUGAAUCAUCAAUUUUUUUAGAUUGAAAGAUGAUAAAGUAAGUUUUUUUUAGAUCGAAAUACAAUGUAUGUUAUAUAUAACCAAUGAUAGAAUGAGUUGGUUUCAUGCAGAUAAGCAUAAUUUUUACAUUUACACUAUGUACUAAAUUGUAUAAGUUUGGCAUGAUGAUUGUUUGCCUUAAACAGCAAUGAAAUUUAACAAUUAUAUUUUUAUCCCUAUUUUUGUUAUGUCAGUGCCAUGGUUCCUAUACCAUGGUUAUAUUUUCAUCUAUCACAAUGAUGCCACUGAGUAUAGAAAUUUGUAUUAAUUAAUUGACAAAGGUUGAUAAUUGUCAAUCUACCGUUUUUGAUGUGCGGAAAACUGUUUAAAUGUGAUAGAAUACCAACUUUGUGAGAACUAAAGAACAUCGUUUGUGUCUUUUAUAUAUGUGGUGGUGUGGCCGAGUAGUUUAACUUGUCGGAACUAGUAAUAUUAGGAUUGAUGACAAUGUGGGUUUAAACCCCGUCAAGGGCAAAAGUCAUUGUUUCUUUGAGCAAGAAAUUUUACACUCAUUGCUAAGUACUGGUUAGUUCCAGGAAAGGAUUCGAGAGUGUUUCAAUAAGCUGAUAGCUUCCAGCACAAUCAAACGAAAGUAAUUUCUUAUAAACUAAUGUUUAUUAUAUUUGUGUUAAUUCUAACCUUUUUAUUUAUUUGCAAUUAGUGCUAAUUAAAACUCAACCUUGUGAUAAUAAGUGAUUUAUUUUGUACAUUGUUUUUUUCAACAUAUAUAUGUUACCUUUAAGUUACUUUUUUGUGAUGCAUUAUUGAUUUGUUAUGCCCAACUGAGUAUAUUGUAAACUAUGCUUACAUUAUGAAAUAAACAAUUUUGAAUCAUGAAAGUUUUACUAAUUAUGCUACAAAUUAGACAUACCCCAAUUUUAUUACAAAUGUCUGCAGUCUUGUAAGAAAUUACCACAGUUUCGUUACAAAUCACCACAGUUUCAUUACAAAUGACCACGGUUUUGUUACACAUUUUUGCAAUUCUGUCACAACUAUGUGACUGUGGCUAAUAUGAUUCACAAUGAAAAUAUAAAUGAGUCUUCAUUACCUUACUGUCUAUUAUUUAUGUAUGUUUAUGUAAUAAAUAAAGUUCAGUUGUCUCCAGUUUUUGCAAUUGAAUAUAGGUAGGGCAAUAACAAAUAUGCUCUUCUAGUCAAUAAAUAAAAACCAGUAAAUUAUGUGGUAUAUUAUUACUUGCCCAGUAAAUGACCGAAAGUUGUAAAACCUUAUACAUACACUUUUUUAUGGUAUUAAAUGUGCAUAUUGGUUUUUCAAAUUGUU